CCUCCACCACCGGUAUAUAUACGCCAACCCCCGUGCGCGAACCAUUCCACGCUCCUCGUAGCAUGCUUGCCAAGUUUCUUGGAUCCUGCGACGGUGCUGGCCGGCCUUGAUGGAUCAUUGGGUGCCUUCUUCUUCGUAUUCCGGCGCAGCCGCCGCUUCUUUGACCUCCUGCAGCCGCAUCGGUGCGGUGUGGAGAUCGUGCCGGAGCUGCGCCGCCGCGGCUCUGGCGGCGGCAGGGUGGGCGCUCGGCGCGAUGCUCACCUGCGUCUUCGCCGUCGUGGGUUCACUGGUUGGGAUCUUCAUCGGUGCCUGCAUGGGGAUGUCCACUGAAAGCGGUGUUCUCCGAGGAGCCGGCGUGGGAGCAGUCUCUGGCGCGGUCUUCUCUAUUGAGGCUGUUGAGUCCUGCAUCGAAAUUUCGAGAUCCAGUGAAUCCGGAAAACAUAGCAUCCUCAUUUGUGGUGAGUACAGACUUGACAUCAUCUCUAGCCUCUUCAGUGGGCGAAUUGUCUGGGAGAAAGUCAGUCCAGCACUGCAGCGUGCUGUGCAAAGCCAGAUGAGCUUACUGAGCACACCAUUCAUCGACAACAAUGACCUUUUCGAAACUGGCAAUACGGGUGGCAUGUCAAGAGAUCUGAUCAACAAGAUCCCAGCGAUCAGGUUGAGCUCUGCAACCAACUCUGGUCAGGAUACUGAUAGGAGCUGCUGUUCAGUGUGCCUUCAGGACUUUGGAUGCCGGCAAUUCGUGAGAGCCUUGCCUCAGUGCGAGCACAUUUUCCACGUGCAAUGCAUCGACAACUGGCUUCAAAGGAAUGCUUCCUGCCCACUGUGCAGGGGUGGUGUUCAUAUAGACCAUAUACACAUGUAAAUAAACUUGCUGCGCACCUGGUGUAUUUUCAUGUCGAAUACCCGUGCGCACAAUCUAUAUCGUAAAAAUAGUCUGUAUACAUAGAGGUUUUCUUCCUUUUGCCAGUCUUCCGUUGGGGUGGGGGGCUAUGUCUGUUCCAGCUGCACGUUUUUGUCAUAGCAAUAACAUGAUAUGUACAUUCUCUAAAUGGAACUGACUAUAACAAGCUUGGCCACAAUUUUCUC